UACCUAGGGCUCUGGGGACCUGCCUAGGACAUUCCACCUCCUUCCUCAUGGAGCCCCUACCGUGUGCCAGGCACUGGGCUCUGCAUUAUCCUCAGUGACCCUUUGAGCCAUGGACGAUGACCAUUGCACAGACAAGGGGAUUGAGGCUUAUCAGCAAGAAAGUGGGGAGGAUCCAGGCCGUCUGACCCCGAAGCACAGGCUGCUGUAUGCUGGGCCUGGGUGAGGACGAUCAGAGGGUGACCAGAGUAUAAUUUGCUUCAAGGAACUCCUAGGGAAUCUCAGGAAGGCCAAAGGUCCAGGCAACCUUCAUAGUCAUCAAAUCCAAAUUCCUUUCCUGAGGGAGGGAAGGGACCCACCCACCUGAGCCAGGACCCAGCCCAACGUCUGUCCACUGUGCCCAUGACAUUCGAGAAUGUCUUUCACUUGAUGACUCAAGAAACGUCUAUCCUCUUGGGAGCGUGGAAUACAUUUGCUCUGGAGUUUUAUUCACUGUUGAAACAUUCCCUGCAGUUGGAGUACGCUGCCACCUAGUGGUGGCAAAGGCUUUGAUCACGUUAUGGAAGCUCCAUGGUUUUUUUCUUUCAAUAAAUAUUGAGUACCUGCUGUGUGCCAGGCUCGGUUCUAAGCGAUGGGAUUACAACAGCAAACAAAACCCUAUAAGUCCUUGGGCACACAGUAGGUAAUCACAUAAAGUUUGAUGAUUUUUUUUUUAGCUUUUUUUCUUAUUUUAUCUUUUUGGCCAUGCUGCACAGCACGUGGGAUCUUAGUUCCCUCACCAGGGAUCGAACCCACGCCCCCUGCAGUGGAAUUGCGGAGUCUUAACCACUGGACCACCAGGGAAAUCCAAGAGUUUAAUGGUUUUCCAGCAACACUUCCUUGCACAAAGCCCUUCCUUCCCUCUUUGAGGCUCUGGACAUAACACACCUUGUCCUACUUCCUUGAUGACCAAGUCCUUCCAAGCUCCUCCCUGCCUCAGGGUCCAUGUCCAUGCAGUGACCUCUACCCUCCCCCUUUCACCAUCAAAACCCAAGCUCAGAUCAAACCCCAAGAAGCCUGCCCAACCUCAGCGGAGGUCUGAUCUCUGUAGUAAAUAUUAACACUCUUUGUAUGAGGGUUUGGUAUAUAGUCGGUACACAAUAAAUGCUGGUUGAAUCAAAAGGGGUUAAAUACAUGAAAAUCAGUGAAACGUUCCACCCUAAGAGGGACCCACAGUGGAAUGUGGAAGGAGCUUGGGACUGGGAAUUAGAAGACCUGGGUCCUCAUCCUGGCUCUUUCUCUGACCCCCUGGGUGACCGUGGGCCUGGCUGGGCCUCAGUUUCUUCAUCUGUAUAAUAGGAGUCAUAUCUUUGUCACUGAUCUUCUGGGGGAGGUGGGAGUUUCUCAUGAAAUAAAGGAUAAGAAUCACGCUCAGGCAGAAGGCCCCCAGAAAAUAUCAAAGCCAUGCCCUUCCUACCCACCCUUCUCUCUUUUUCCAGCGGCUGGCGGCUGCGUCUCCUGCUCAGAAAUGCUCUGCUCCUUCAAGGCACAUCUGAAUCCCCGAGAUCGGCAGCUCAGAUGUGUCACACAGAUCUGUGCCGCCUCCUCCUGCAGCAAGGGGCUGCUGCAAAUGACCAGGACCUUCAGGGCAGGACGGCCCUGAUGCUGGCCUGUGAGGGAGCCAGCCCCGAAACAGUGGAGGUGCUGCUGCAGGGUGGGGCCCAGCCGGGCAUCACUGAUGCGCUGGGCCAGGACGCUGCUCACUACGGCGCCCUGGCAGGGGACAAACUCAUCCUACACCUCCUGCAGGAGGCCGCCCAGCGCCCCUCAGCACCCAGCGAGGAUGACUCAGGCGAGGCAUCAUCUCAGAACUCUGUGUCCAGCCAUGAAAAGCAAGGGGCCCCCAAGAAGCGAAAGGCACCUCAGCCCCCUGCCAAUAUCCCGAUGCCGGAUGACCAAGAUGCCUAUGAGGAGAUCGUGCGGCUGCGACAGGAGAGGGGCCGCCUGCUGCAGAAGAUCCGGGGCCUGGAGCAGAACCAGGAACGGAAGAAGCAGGAGCUGCCAGAGGUGGAGGCCAGCUCCCUCCACAGCCUGGAGAGACAGGUGCAAGAGCUACAGCAGCUGCUGGCAGAGAGGCAGGAGGAGAAGGAGAGUCUAGGACGGGAGGUGGAAAGUUUGCAGAGCAGGCUGUCCCUGCUGGAGAAUGAGAGGGAGAACACCAGCUAUGAUGUGGCCACCCUGCAGGACGAGGAGGGUGAGCUGCCCGACUUCCCAGGGGCUGAGGCGCUGCUCUCCAAGCACCUAAGCCCAUCGGCCCAGGAUCUCUUGGCCUCGCUGCAGGAGCAGGUGGCCACGCUCACCAGACAGAACCAGGAACUGAUGGAGAAGGUCCAGAUCCUGGAGCACUUUGAGAAGGACGAGAUGGAGGCUGACAGUCUGGCCGAGGUCAUCCCUCUAGCGCUGUACAACUCUCUCCGGGCUGAGUUUGACCAGCUCCGCAGGCAGCAUGCCAAGGCCCUGCAGGCGCUGGGGCAGCAGGAAGCACAGGAGGGCCCUGGAGAAGAGGAGGCAGCCCCUAGGGAGGGCAAUGGCCCGGGAGCCAAGGCCGCCAGAAACGGACCAGUGGAAGCAGAGCUUAACGGCACUGCAGCUCCGGAAACCAGAGUUAAUGGAGCCGAGAGCACAGAUGAGGAGGCUGCGGGAGUAGAAACCACGGAAGCCAGAGCUUUGGAAGCAGCAUCCAUGGUGGCAGAGGCCACGGAAACAAGACCCACGGACGCUGAGGCCACAGAAACAGAGGGUGUGGGCGACGAGCGCUUGGAAACAAAGGCCGCGGGGGCUGAGGUCACAGAAACGAAAUCUCUAGAAGAAGGAGGAAACUCAGAAACAGAGGCCACGGGAGCAGAGUCCACAAAUAUGAAAACAGAGGAACCAGAAUGGAAGGCCAGUGGAACAGGUGCUGUGCAGGAAGAGCUCACAGGCACAGGGACCAUGAAAACGGAGGCCGUGGGAGUGGAGGCCACGACCCCGAGGGUCACCACAGGCCCCACCUUGCACCCCAGUGCUGCCGAGCUGGAGGCGGCCCACGGCAAGUGUGAGCCCGCGGAGGCCGAGGGUGGUGGAGCUGGCGGGGUCAGCAGCGGUGACACAGGCCAGCUGCGGGCCGCCCUGGAGCAGGCCCGGGAGGACCUCCGAGACCGGGACUGCCGCAUCCGGGAGAUGGAAGCGGCCUCAGCCCAGCUGGACGAGGCCCAGGCCGGCCGGCUGUUGGCCGAGGAGGAGGCUCGAGGCCUGCGGGCAGAGCUGGCCCAGCGGGAGGAGUUGCGGCUGGAGCUGAGCCGGGAGGUGCAGGCCCUACGGGAGCAGCUGGCUACGGCCGCAGCUGCCGGGGAGCAGCAGCGGGCUGCGGCCGUCAAGCUGGGCCAGGCGCGGGACGUGGCUGAGGCCCGGGCUUCUGAGCUGGCCGCGGCCUGUGAGGAGGCUCGGCGGGGCCUGGCGGAAUUGCGUGAGGCCUCCGAGGUGCUCCACCAGUCAGUGGUGCCAGCCUCGGAGCAUCACCGGCUGCAGGAGGAGGCCCUGGAGUUGCGGGGACGGGCGGCCAGCCUGGAGCAGGAGGUGGUGGCCACGGGCAAGGAGGCCGCCCGUCUGCGGGCAGAGCUGGAGCGCGAGCGUGUGGGCAGUGUGGCCCGCCUGGAGCACGAGCGCAUCGUGGAUGCCCUGCAGGCCGACGUGGCCCGGCUGCAGGGGCAGCUGGAGGAGCUGGGGCGACGCCACGAGAAGACCAGCGCCGAGGUCUUCCAGGUGCAGCGGGAGGCGCUAUUCAUGAAGAGUGAACGGCACGCGGCCGAGGCCCAGCUGGCCACCGCAGAGCAGCAGCUGCGGGGGCUACGUACUGAGGCCGAGCGGGCACGCCAGGCCCAGAGCCGUGCCCAGGAGGCCCUGGAGAGCGCCAAGGAGAAGGACAAGAAGAUCACAGAGCUCUCCAAGGAAGUCUUCAGUCUUAAGGAGGCACUGAAGGACCAGCCGGGAGCCCCAGGCUCCUCGGACGUGGAGGCCCUUCGUGGCCAGGUGAAGGCUCUACGGGAGCAGCUGAAGGAAGCUGCCAGGGACCACAGUGCAGUGGUGGCCUUGUAUAGGAGCCACCUCCUCUACGCCAUUCAGGGUCAGAUGGAUGAAGACGUACAGCGGAUUCUGAGUCAGAUCCUGCAGAUGCAAAGACUCCAGGCCCAGGGCCGCUGAGGUCAGAGCACUGCCCUCCGCCUUCCAGGCCCCGAGUCGGGGCUCCCAGACUCACGCGCUGACCAUCCGCACUUGGAGACCAGCCUGGGCUCCUUCCCAACGGUCCCUCACUGCCUCCACGGCCCCACUGGUCCCUGCAUGCGCUGGCCAGUCUAGACCCGGGCCCUGACCGUGUACCCUUCCCUGCGCCGGAGAAUUUGUGAGUCCCCUCCCUCACGUCUGGUCUUAUCAUCAGACGCCACCCCAGGAAUAAAAGCUCACGGAGCAGAGGAUGAAA